AUGGCCUCGGACGGCGGCGGCGGCGAGGGCGGCGGCGGCGGCGGCGGCAAGAUCCGGGCCCGGCGGUACCACCUGGGUGCCGCGAAGCCUCCCUACGCGAGGAGCAAGCAGCAAAGACAGGGAAUCAUUAGCAGAGUGACAGAAUCAGUGAAAAACAUUGUACCAGGAUGGUUACAGAAGUAUUUCAAUAAAAGUGAAGACGAAUGUGUAGAUACAAAUGAAUCUACAAACCAGGAAGAGAAUCCAGUAAACUAUCACCAUGAUUAUGCAAAUGAAGAUACCAUGGUGGUUGAUGGGAGAGUCACGCCUGAAUCAGCAAGAAUUAAUUUAGAAGAACCAUCCACAAGCAGAUCUGCACUGAACUUCUCAGAUGUGUUAACAAGGCCCUCUCUUCAUCGGAGCCAUUUGAACUGUACCAUGUUGGAUACCACAGUACAUUGUCAGCCCUCUACAUCUUCUUCACUUGGCAUUGGCAGUCCUGGACUGUCUCUUGUAAAAGAAAUAAAAGAUUCUACCUCUCAGCAUGAUGAUGAUAACAUCUCAACAACCAGUGGCUUCUCCUCUAGAGCAUCUGAUAAAGAUAUCACAGUUUCAAAAAAUACUUCAGCAGCACUGCUCUGGUCCACAGAGGCUGAAAGAUCUCAUUCCCUCUCACAGCAUCCUGCAGCUAGCUCUAAAAAACCCGCAUUCAAUUUAUCUGCUUUUGGAUCUCCCUCUCCUUCACUUGGAAACACUUCUGUCUUUAAAACAAGCCAGCUUGGAGAUUCUCCAUUUUACCCUGGAAAGACCACUUAUGGUGGUGCAGCUGCAGCAGCGAGGGAGACAAAAGUGCGAAUUGUUCCUUACCAGCCACCAGUAAGAAGACAAAUGAAAGCUAAACAAGCAAGUGUGCAAUCCUAUGGUGUGACAAGUGCCACAGCGCGGCGCAUCUUGCAGUCAUUGGAGAAAAUGUCAAGUCCAUUGGCGGAUGCUAAAAGGAUUCCAUCUUCUGUUUCUAGUCCACUGUCUUCUCCUGUGGACAGGAGCAUGCUGAAUAUUACUAGCUUCCAAUCCAAACGAAAACAGAUGGAAUCGCAGCAUCCACCUGUCCAGAAACUCGUGACACCAAAGGCAAUCUCUCUCUCAGUGAGUCGGACCCAGUAUUUUAAACCAUCUCUGACUCCAGCUACUAAUUCCAGCAAAAUUCACCAGAGGGUAGAUACAAAGCACAAAGGCAUGAGAGAGAAGAGUUUUCCUGCAGAACAGCAAGUAAAACCAUCUGAAAGCGAUUUGACCUACCCCAGAUUUGGUACUCCUGAAUCCAACGGUCUGUCUUCAGGAGGAGGAGUGGGUGGUGGCGGCAAGAUGAGAAGGGAAAGAGGAGUACACUAUGUAUCAAAACCUGGACAAGAACAACAGGAAGUGGAGGAAGCAGUACUACCGAAAGUACCCCUACCCAUCAAUACUGCAUCGCUGCCUUCGUUCAACUUUAGUUUUCUUGCCAGUAGUACUGUCUCAUCGUCACCAAGCACUGUUUCAACAGCGGUGAUGAACAAGGUACAACCAGCAAGUAAUGUUGGCAGUCCUGUGUUCAGAUUUUCAUCUCCAAUUGUGAAAUCUACUGAGGCAGAAGUGCUACCUCCGUUGUCUAUUGGGUUUACAUUUAGUGUUCCUGUUGUAAAAUCAGCAGAGCUUUCUGGAUCCAGUGAUACACCAAUGACGUCCUUACUUUCUCGAGGUACCGCCACUGUAAACAGCACCAGCAAUAAGAAGGAAAAAGAAGAAUACAAUGGCGCCUCCAAACCUGCGAAGACCUUAAAGGAAGGAAGUGUGUUAGAUGUUCUAAGAAGCCCUGGCUUUAUGUCUGUGAAAACACACUCCUCUACGUCCGCACAGCCUGUUACAAGCACAGUGGUCUAUACAAGGCCUGCAAUAAGUAGUUUUUCUGCAGGUAAAGACACCUCUAAACAAGCAUCCUCAUUUUGGCAAUCUGACACAUAUGACCCAUGUCUGCAAAACAAAACCACAGAUGGCAAAUGUGUAACAUGUCAAGCUGCUAAAGUGUCAACAGUUGAGAGUACGAAACAGACGAUAAGCUCAAGUCAAUGUGUCGCCUCUAAGGCAGCAGUCCCUACAGCAGGGACAUUGGGCUUUGAAGACAAAUUUAAAACAGCACCCAACACAUGGGAUUGUGAUACCUGUCUGGUCCAGAACAAACCUGAAGCUACAAAAUGUAUAGCAUGUGAGACACCAAAGCCUGGAACAGGAGUAACACCUGCUCUGACAUUGCCAGUGGUCACAGACAACUCGGUGACAGUGACAUCCUCCUCCAGCAGCACUGACACAACAGUCACUCUGGGGUUUGGAGACAAAUUUAAGAAGCCAAAAGGCUCUUGGGACUGUGAGGUGUGCCUCGUAUCAAAUAAGGCAGAAGACAGCAAAUGUGUAGCUUGUCAGUCCGAGAAACCAGGGAGUUCAGUGCCUGUGACCAGUAGCAGUGCUUCUGCAUUUUCUGCUUCUUCUGGAGGAUUUCUGGAUUUAGACAAAUUCAAGAAGCCCGAAGGAAGCUGGGAUUGUGAGGUCUGCUUGGUCCAAAACAAAGCAGAAGCCACAAAAUGUGUAUCCUGUGAAAGUGCAAAGCCAGGCACCAAAGUGGAGUUCAAAGGAUUUGGUACUGCUACUGUGUCCACAAAUGCUGCAGUGCCAUCAUUUACAUUUGGUGUCCAGUCAUCCUCCUCUGAAUCUUCUCAGACAUUAGGUAGCACAGGAAAUUUUAAAUUUGGAGAACAAAGGAGCUUCAAGUUUGGCACUGCAUCUGAAUCUGCGUUCUCCAACACUGUGACUGGGGGAUUUAAGUUUCCUACUAGUUCGGGGGACUUCAAAUUUGGAGUUUCUUCCUCAGACUCUAAAUCAGAAGACAGUAAAAAAGAAGGUAAAAGUAACACUUUCACCUUUGGACUUCCAUCUACAAGCAGUCAGGCUCCUUCAACAUUUCAGUUUGGGACAGCGAGCCUGGGACAGCAGGAGAAGAAAGAGGAACCAGUUUUGGGAGGCUUUGCUUUUGGCACAAGUUCUACUUCUUCCAUAGCUACCAAUGAGAACAAAACCGGAGUCAGUGGCUUCACUUUUGGAACUGUGGCAGAAAAGGAGGUAGCAUCACCUGCUCUUGCAUUUAAGAAGUCAGAUGAGAAAAAGGAUGAAACCCUUUCAACAAAAGGAGGCUUCUCUUUCGGCAGUGUGGAGUCUGCACCUGCCUCACAGUUUGUUUUGGGAAGGACAGAAGAGAAACAGGAUUCUGUCACUUCUGCUGCUCCAUUAGCGUUUGGAAAGAAAGCUGACAAUGAAGAGUUAAAGGCACAACCUAUCUUCUCAGCUGGGACGGCUGAGCAUACCAAAGAGGAGAGCACAGCAAAACCUAUAUUCAAUUUUAGUUUUGUUAAACCAUCGGAGAAGGAAACUGAGCAGGCAAAGCCGCCUUUUGCAUUUGGGGCACAAACCAGUACUUCAGCUGAUCAAGGAGCAGCAAAGCCAUCCUUCAGCUUCUUGAGCUCAAGUUCCUCCAGCACAGUGGUACCCACCACUUCAGCCAACAGCAGCAGUGUGUUUGGCAGUGCCAUCUCCUCCUCAAAUCCUCAGCCAGUUCCCGCUCCUUUUGUGUUCGGACAAGCCAGCAACACUGUGAGCAGCUCUGUUUUUGGCAAUUCUGCGGAAUCUGCAGCAUCUCAGUCAUUUGGCUUCUCUCAAGAAACCAAAACAGCCACCACAUCUUCCAGCACCGGCACAGCUCUUGGUUCAUUUCUCUUUGGUUCGGGAACCAGCAGUACCAAUGCAGCAAAUUCAGGCUUCACCUUUGGAGCCACAACCACAUCGAGUUCAACAGGGUCAUCCUCUUCGUUUCUGUUUGGCUCUGGGCCUCCAGCGCCUGCUGCUGGCCCAGCAUUUGGCACCAGUCAGCCACCAGCAUUUGGUCAGAGCCAGGGGUCCAGCCAGCCAGGCACCCCGAGCUUUGGAUUGCUGUCGACAACAUUGUUUUCAGCUGGCACUCAGCCCGCUCCUCCUGCCUUCGGCGCAGUGACGAGCAGUACUCAGACCUCCGUGUUCGGACAGCAAGCGACCCAACAGCCAGGCUUUGGCUCUGGUACCCCCAGUACUGGUUCUGUAUUCCAGUUUGGAAGUAAUACUUCUAAUUUCACCUUCUCAAAUAACCCCGGGGUAUUUACUUUCGGUGCAAAUCCUCCUGCACCGGCAGCACCGGCACAGCCUUCUGGCUCUUCAGGCUUUUCGUUCAGCCAGCCUCCAGCAUUUACCGUUGGGACUAACGGGAAAAAUGUUUUCUCUGCCUCCGGAUCUUCGGUCUCUGGUCGGAAGAUAAAGACUGCAGUUAGGCGUAGAAAAUAAACGCCUCAUCAGUAAAGCAACUUUUGAAGCAGCUACCACCGUGUGUUGUUCAGUUUUUGGGAUCGUACCUCAUGCCAGGUUAGCUGAAGUCAGAUCUGCCUAAAGGAAAAAAAAACUCUGCUGCCCUUUCCUUCCCUCCCCUCUCCCUGGUUAGAUUUUUUUUUUUUUGGUAACGAGUAGAGUUGGCAACAGGGCUGUUCUCAAGCAAAACUAUUUUAGACUCCAGCAAGCUCCUCCUUUCAGUGACUCGGCAUGGUCUGGCUAUAGCCGUGAGUAGAGCCUGCACAGUGAAUGGCUUGUACAAUACCUCUUCAUCUGCACCACUAUGGGCGCUCAUCUGCGUUGACUGACGCCUCGGAAUUGUAAUUAUAUCAGCGAGGGAUUCUGUAUAGAGUAGAGAAUGUUGAUAACGAAUGAUUUCUAUGCUGAGUUUGUGCUGGUGUAUGUGUGAAGUGAGUGAGUUUGGGUGUAUCGUGCACUAAAAUUUUCUGAUAGAGGAAGACUGAUUAAAGGACGAUCCGUGCUAAGGACUUGUUAGAUCUGUAGUUCUUCAUUUAAUAAUUAUAUGCUAUUUCUAUAUUUUCAUUCUUACAGCCCUUUAUCACCUGUCUCGCCUUUGUUAUUUUAUUAUGAAACAUGUGUAAAUACAAUUUUGUUUCUCUAUGUACUUUUUUGGCAUAACAAAUCUGUGAAAUUGAAAUUUUAAUUUUGUGUGUUACAGCCAUUUUUGUUUAGUAUUGUCUCAGAUUUUAUGUAAAUCCCAUUAUUCAAAGUUGCCUAAAUCCAUUUAGAAAAUCUUUAAAAUUGGGAAUUCUUAAAGUAAGUUUAUUGGCUUUUCUGAUCCAUUUUUGUUUGGACCAAAAACCAGUAUUGUACAAAGUAUUAAGUAUAUAUUUUUAUAUUUACUGAAAUGGACUGUGGUGACUUUGGAUAAUAAGGAAAAGUUUAAUAUUAAAGCCAUGUUUAUUACAGUAUAAUUAACAUGUUAAACCAUGGGAUAAAUGCCAUCAAUAAAAACUAUGAAAUAUUGUCUGGCAGCUUUAACUGUCUGUGAAGGCAUCUCAAGCUCUAACCAUACAAGAUGAUGUGCUCAACCUGAGUGAUGUCACAUGCUCUCUCUAACCUCUGCUUUCUGACAGCAACACUGAUUUUUAGAGGAUCUUAAAUUAGUUAGCAGUUCACCAUUAGGAGGAGAGUUUUAUUGUAGACUGAAGCUUGGAGCUGUACAUCAGCAUGUCAGCUGUCCAGCUCUGAUGGUUGCAGUUAAUUUUUAUAGAGCUAUUAGAAAAAAGCUAAUAUUAAAUGUUCACCACCAUUCUAAUUGAAGAGAAAAAAAGUAUAGCCAACUGUAAAUGAGUAAUUUGACCUUUUUUCCACUUCUGUAGCAGUUAGAGGAGCUUCUUAGAGAAGAGAUGUUAUUGCAGUAAAAUGAGAGGAAAUACUUCUCUGUUUGGGGACCACAGCUGAACUCUCCCUCAGUCACAGCCUUCAGCUUACAGUUAGACCUAACUACUUACUACAGCUAGAGCUGAGAAGACCUGU